UCAAGGCCUUCCAUUCAGAUUACUAGAAAGCAACCAGCAUGUUAGUUUGAUCAGGGUUGGAGUUGACCUCAUUGUCAUUGGAUCUUUAAAAACCCAUUUUACCAGGAUUGAUGUUGCAGAAACACAUUUAUUCGUUUUAGUCUUUUUUCCACUUUACAGUCUGCUCCUUCUGGCAUACAAAUUCAGCGCAUUUUACAGUACAUAUCAUUGUGACAUCAUAACCUGGGAGGAUGACAGCUCGAGUGCAUUGCUCGUUGAUUGCUGUUGUAUUGUGUCUGUUCGGAUACUUGAGCACAUCAGAUGCUACUAUAGUGAAGCCAGGUCGAUGUCCAAACCUGAAGAACAUUCCACUGUCUGCUAAAAGCUGUAUCAAUGAUGGCGAGUGUCCUGCCAUACAGAAAUGUUGCCCAAACACCCGUGGCCAUGCAUGCAGUGUACCAAGCAGCCAGGGCAGCGGCCAGCGAGGCGGCCAGCGCAUGGGCCAGGCUCAGGAAAGCGGCCAGGGCCACGGUCGUGGUCUGGUUCACAACCAGGGUCAGGGAAGCAUUCAGGGAAGUGGCCAGGGUCGCAGCCUAGGUCAUGAAAGCGGCCAGGGUCAGGGAAGCAUUCAGGGAAGUGGCCAGGGUCAGGGAAGCAUUCAGGGAAGCGGCCAGGGUCAGGGAAGCAUUCAGGGAAGCGGCCAGGGUGAGGGAAGCGGCCAGGGUCAUGGCCAGGGAAUGGGCCAGGGCCAGGGCCAGGGAAUGGGAAUGGGCCAGCGCCAGGGAAUGGGCCAUGGUGAGGGAAGUGGCCAGGGAAUGGACCAGGAUCAGGGAAGUGGCCAGGAUCAGGGAAGUGGCCAGGGUCAGGGAAGUGGCCAGGGUCACGGCCUGGGCAAGGCAAUGGAACUGGGCAUGGGCCAGGGAAUGGGCAUGGGCCAGGGCCAGGGCAUGGGCCAGGGCAUGGGCCAGGGCCAGGGCAUGGGCCAGGGCAUGGGCCAAGGAAUGGGCCAGGGCAUGGGCCAAGGAAUGGGCCAGGGCAUGGGCCAAGGAAUGGGCCAGGGCAUGGGCCAAGGAAUGGGCCAGGGCAUGGGCCAAGGAAUGGGCCAGGGCAUGGGCCAAGGAAUGGGCCAGGGCAUGGGCCAGGGCAUGGGCCAGGGCAUGGGCCAGGGCAUGGGCCAGGGCAUGGGCCAGGGCAUGGGCCAGGGCAUGGGCCAAGGAAUGGGCCAGGGCAUGGGCCAGGGCAUGGGCCAAGGAAUGGGCCAGGGCAUGGGCCAGGGCAUGGGCCAAGGAAUGGGCCAGGGCAUGGGCCAGGGCAUGGGCCAAGGAAUGGGCCAGGGCAUGGGCAUGGGCCAGGGCAUGGGCCAGGGCAUGGGCCAAGGAAUGGGCCAGGGCAUGGGCCAAGGAAUGGGCCAGGGCAUGGGCCAAGGAAUGGGCCAGGGCAUGGGCCAAGGAAUGGGCCAGGGCAUGGGCCAAGGCAUGGGCCAGGGCAUGGGCCAAGGCAUGGGCCAGGGCAUGGGCCAAGGCAUGGGCCAAGGAAUGGGCCAGGGCAUGGGCCAGGGCAUGGGCCAAGGAAUGGGCCAGGGCAUGGGCCAAGGAAUGGGCCAGGGCAUGGGCCAGGGCAUGGGCCAGGGCAUGGGCCAGGGCAUGGGCCAAGGCAUGGGCCAGGGCAUGGGCCAGGGCAUGGGCCAGGGCAUGGGCCAAGGCAUGGGCCAGGGCAUGGGCCAGGGCAUGGGCCAGGGCAUGGGCCAGGGCAUGGGCCAGGGCAUGGGCCAGGGCAUGGGCCAAGGCAUGGGCCAAGGAAUGGGCCAGGGCAUGGGCCAAGGAAUGGGCCAGGGAAUGGGCCAGGGAAUGGGCAUGGGCAUGGGCAUGGGCAUGGGCAUGGGCCAGGGCCAGGGCCAGGGCUAGGACAUGAGUCAAGGUAGAGGCCAGGGCAUGGGCCAGGGCAGUGGUCAGGGUCAGGAAAGUGGCCGGGGCCAUGGUCUGUGAUGUGAUCAGGGUAACUGUGGACUUUGAAUCUUUGAUAGGAAUUUUGCAUAACAAAAUUCUACAAAAUUUAGCUUUGACUGUUAAGAAAGAUUCUUCCCCUCCUUCCCUCAAAUAAAAAAAAAUUGCUUGACUGAA